AUGGCGGGUUCAGCGGGCUCCCUGCUAAGUACGACGGACCUAGUUGAGUACAAGGACUACUGGGAGACCUUCAACACCCUGCUGAAGCAGGUCGUGCCCAUUGUCGACGAACUUGCCGGCUCGAGCGACGUGCCGGAGGCCAAGGCCAAGCCCAUUUUGGAGGCGCUGGAGCAGCUGCUGACCAGGGCCAAGGACCAGAGGGAAAAGGGCAAGGGGCAGGUGAAGAACCCGUUGCUGAGAUGGAAGCUGGUGCAGAACUUAGACAACCUGAAGAAUAAAAUGAGAACGAUCGUAGAGCGCGCAGACCAUGCCGUGACAGAAUGGAACGACCAAGUGAUGGCUAGAGCCAAGGUGGUGUUGGUAGAACUGUCGAACGAGCUCAGCGAGGUCAUGGAGCAGGGAGCACCGCUGCUUCUGCCGAUGCCCUCGCAGUUUGUUGUUGGAAUUGAACGCCAUGUGGGGGCCUUGAAAGAGCUCUUGCUCAGGAACUCGGAGGUGAGGGACACAUACAGCGGAAGGGUGGGCGUCGUUGGGAUGGGUGGGGCUGGCAAGACCCUGCUGGUGAACACCAUCUGCAGGGAUGACGACAUACUAGACAGGUUUCGGGGCAUAUCGUGCGUCACCGUGACGCGCACCCCCGACAUCGCGAGGUGCCAAGCCCAGGUGCACCGCGACCUGCUGGGGGACGCCAACCUGCAGCAGUUCAUAGCGGAAGAGGACGACGUGAAGCGCAAGGAGUGGCUGAGGUUCGAGCUGCAGCACCAGCGUGUGAUGCUGGUUCUGGAUGAGGUGUGGUGCAGGAAGAUCAGCGACCUGGACAACCUGAUGGUGAUCAACCCGGCCAAUGGCAGCCGGGUGCUGUUCACGACCAGGGGGUCUCACCUCUUCCGCCAGACUGGCUCAGCCUACAAAUUUGAACUGAAAGAAAUGAAGCAGGAGUAUGCCAUGCAGCUGUUCUGCUACAACGCCUUUGGAAGCACGAAAGCCCCUGGCCACAUGCAGGGCCUGGUGAAGCAGGUUGUGGAUGAGUGCGGUGGCCUGCCCCUUGCCCUGGAGGUCACGGGGGCAGCUGUUGCCUCAUACGCCGUUGACAACACUGAUGAGGAUGGGUGCAGGGGUGCCCUGGAGUUUGCUCUAGAGAGGCUGGCAGAGUCAGAGGUGCUCAGCCUAGACCAGGAGGAGCUGCUCCUCCAGCGCCUCAGGCUCAGUUACGAUGCCCUGUCAGCAAAGGAGAAGCAGUGCUUCCUGCACUUUGCCUCUGUUGCGGACGACUACCGAAUGCUAUUGUCCGACGUAAUCGACCUCUGGUCAACAGCGCAGGGGAUCAAAAGCAACGAUGCAUUGAUGAUAUGGGGCCAGCUGGUGGCCAUGUCACUGAUCAAGUGGGACCGCCAGGGUGCCCCCGGCUUCCAGCUGACAGAUGAGGAGCUGGCCAUGCGAUUCUCCGGCUUUGCAGACAUCUUCUCCACCACUUGUUACGUGCACCGAGUGAUUCGGGACAUGGCAAUGUUCAUCAUCAACGGGGACGAUGUUGUUAAGAGAGAGCGUUGGUACAGCCCUGGUCCAGAGCCCUCCCAUGAGGAGGUGUUCUACCACUGGCCUGCAGACAUCCCUGGCAGGGAGCUGUCCUUGUCCAACAAGAAGAUCACGAGCUGGCCACAGGCUGUGCGGAUGCCCAACAUGCGCGUGCUGCAGCUGAGGGACACUGGCCUGGUGUUUGUGCCCUCUGGCGUGUGCCUCCUUACGCAGCUGCGCGUCCUAGACCUCAGCUUCACCAACAUCACCCAACUUCCGGAAGGGAUCACGAACCUGAAGUCGCUGAAACUCUUCCAGCUGGACGCCUGCAAGUAUUUGAAUGCCUUGCCUGACCAGAUAGGGGUGAUGGCUGAGCUCACUGUACUGUCGCUUCGCUUCUGUGGCCGGCUGCGGCAUCUGCCCGAGUCUGUGGGCUGGCUGGGGAACUUGCAUUCGCUGCACGCCCCCGGCUGCGCUUUCAAGUCACUGCCUGCAACGAUCGGCCGACUCAGGAAGCUGCGCCGUCUGGAUCUCAGCUCGUGCGAGAGGAUCGCUGAGCUGCCCGCCAACUUCAGCUCUCUCACGAGCCUGGAGCUGUUGAACCUUUACGGCCUGUGGGAGCUCCAGGAGCUGCCGGACAGCUUUGGGAGCCUGUCCAGGCUGAGGAAGCUCUUCAUUGGGGGCUGCCUAAAACUGAAGAGCCUGCCAGAUUCGCUGACGGCACUCACGCAGCUUGAGCUCCUGGACAUGCAGUACUGCUGUGCGAUCGAAGUGCUGCCCAUGGAUAUCGGCUCGCUGUGCAGUCUGAGGACAUUGUACCUGGACUAUUGCUCCGGCCUGAAGACGUUCCCAGCCUCGAUGGACAGAAUGACCAGUCUUGAGACUCUGGGGCUGGACUUCCGGUCGGUGAAGCACAAGCACUCUACGCAGCACCUGGAAGGCCCCGGCAUCGACUGCUAUCUCAACAGGGGCAGGCUGCCUGGGGGCGUUGUGGAGAGGAUAAGGCAGGGUACCAUCAGGAUGGAGGACCAGCUGCGCGAGCAGUCUAUCGUCCACUGCUGGAAGACGAAUGGGUGGACGUCGCUCCACGCAUCUGUUUUCCAGGGCACCGAUGUGCUGUCCAAACAGAUAGCCAACCUCAAGGAGCUGAUAAACACAGGUGACUGGAAGGGCUCCACGCCACUGCACUGGGCUGCAUGGUCCAACAAGCUUGAAAGCGUUGAGCUGCUGCUCGAAGCUGGAGCUGUGCCUGACACCCAGGAGAAGAAUGGCUGCACUCCCCUGCACCGGGCGGCAGCAAAGGGCUGCACCUCCUGCGCAGCACAGCUGCUUGAGGCGGGGGCUCAGAUAGAUGUGCAGGAAGAGAUUGGUUUCACAGCUCUGCAUUGUGCAGCUGAGAAUGGCAGAAAGGAGGUUGUCGACCUGCUUGUCACGCAUGGGGCAGUGCUUGACCUUGUGACAAAGGAUGGCUUCACAUCUCUCCACGUGGCAGCCCAGAAUGGCCAUGAAGACGUUGUCGGCACACUGUUCAACCAUGGCGCUGCAGUGGACCUUGUCACAAAGAAAGGAGCAACUUCCCUGCAUCUGGCUGCGAAGAAUGGCCACACCAAGGUGGUAGACCUGCUCCUGAGAAACGGUGCAGCAGUAGACAUCGUCACCCAGAAUGGAAGCACGCCUCUGACAUUCGCUGCUGAAAAUGGGCACAAGGAUGUUAUCAAGCUGCUCGUUGAACAUGGUUCCAAUGUGGACCGUCAAAACAAGCAUGGCUGGACUGCACUCCACUGGGCCACGUUCAUUGGGCACAGCGAGUGCGUCAUGGUGUUGCUGCAGGGCAAGGCGACCAUCGAUCUUCAGGAACAGGAUAGGUUCACUGCCUUGCACUGUGCAGCGCAAAAUGGACGUGCUGAAGUUGUGGAGAUCCUGGUGCAGCAUGGUGCUGCGCUGGACAUGGUGAACAAGGAAGGUGCCACUCCUUUGCACUAUGCUGCAAAGAAUGGCCACAAGAGCGUGGUGGAGGUUCUCCUUCGCCAUCAUGCAGUGAUGGAUCUUGUGACCCAGAAAGGCGCAACGUGCCUGCAUUUGGCAGCGAUGGAUGGGCACAGGGAAGUGGUGGACCUGCUGUUGGACCACCAUGCUGGUAUCAAUCUCGUCACAAAGGAUGGCUGGACGCCACUGAUGUACGCAGCCCAAAAAGGCCAUGAGGACGUUGUCAAGUCCCUAUUGGCAAGGGGGGCUGAAGUCAAUCAUCAAAACAAGCAUGGGAGCACAGCCCUUACACUCGCAGCAGAGUUCUCGCCUUACGGAGUGGCAAAGCUCCUGAUUGAGAAUGGAGCUAAGGUUGACGUUGCAACAAAGAAUGGUUGGAAUCCGCUCACAUUUGCGGCCAGGCAUGGCCACUUGGAGAUGGUGGAAUUCCUCUCCAAGCAUGGUGCUGAUCUGAACCACCAGAACAAGGACGGCUGGACGCCGCUCACAUUUGCUGCCCACAACGGACACAAGCAUGUGGUUAAAUACCUUGUGCACAAUGUGGCAAACGUCAACCACCGAGAGAAGCAUGGGUGGACAGCACUGCACAAGGCGGCCUUCCAUGGCGACCUCGAGUGUGCCAAGAUCUUGUUGCAGGGUGCUGCAAUACUUGACAUUCAGGAGCAGAACGGGUUCUCUCCACUGCACCAUGCUGCCCAGAAUGGUCACUACGAAGUCGUGCACCUCCUUGUUCAGCGUGGGGCAAAAGUGGACGAGAUCAACAAGAAUGGCUGGACUGCACUGAUGAUUGCAGCAAGCAAUGGGCACAAGGACAUUGUUGAGUGCCUCAUGCGGAACGGAGCCAAUGUCAACCAUCAAGAGAAGGAUGGAUGGACAGCAUUGAUGCUUGCAGCUGAAAAUGGCCACAAAACCGUUGUGCAGUAUCUGGUGGCAAACAAGGCAAACGUCAACCACCAAGAGAAGCGCGGUUGGACUGCACUUCACAAGGCAACUUUUGAUGGCAACAUCAAAUGUGCAGAGAUUUUGCUUGAAGCAGGGGCUGCUAUCGAUGUCCAAGAACAGAAUGGCUUCACCGCCUUGCACCAUGCAGCGCAGAAUGGCCACAGGGAGGUUGUUCACCUCCUCGUUCUCCAUGGUGCCGCUGUGGAUACAAUGACCCAGGAGGGUGCAACUGCACUGCACUCAGCUGCAUACAAUGGGCACAAAGGCGUUGUCGAUCAGUUGCUUGAGGAUGGGGCAGAUGUCAAUCUGGUCACAAAGGACGGAUGGACUCCCCUGAUGUAUGCAGCACAGAAGGGACACCUGCAUGUUGUGGGAACCUUCCUGGAGAGAGGUGCUGAGGUGAACCAGCAGAACGAGCAUGGCAGCACGGCCUUGACACUUGCUGCAGAGUUCGCUUCUUACGAAAUGGCUGAGCUCUUGAUCCAGAGAUGUGCAAGGGUAGACAUUGCAACCAAGAACGGCUGGACACCUCUAACGUUUGCUGCCAGGCGUGGAGCAGGCGACAUUGUUGAGCUGCUCUUCAAGAACGGUGCAAAUGUAAACCAUCAAAACAAGAACGGCUGGACUCCACUUACCUUUGCAGCCAGACGGGGCCACAUUGACGUCGUCGAGCUGCUCUUCAGAAAUGGUGUUAAUGUGAACCAUCAGAACAAGGAUGGCUGGACGGCCCUCACCUUUGCUGCUCACAAUGGACACAAGGAUGUAGUCGAGAGGCUGGUGCAGCAUCGCGCUAGUGUGGACCACCAAGAAAAGCACGGCUGGACAGCCCUGCACAAGGCAGCAUGCCAUGGCGAUAGCGAGUGUGUCAAGGUUCUUCUGGAUGGAGGGGCGACCAUUGACAUCAAGAACGAUAAUCAAUGGACUGCCCUGACUAUAGCAGCCAGCAAUGGCCACAAACGUGUUGUGGAGCUGUUGCUUGAGAGCGGGGCGGAUGUGAACCACCAAGAGAAGGAUCAAUGGACAGCUUUGAUGCUUGCCACUGAGAACUGCCACAAGGACGUUGUCGAGUACUUGGUAAAGGCUGGAGCCAAUGUCAAUCAUCAGGAGAAGCGUGGCUGGACAGCACUCCACAAAUCCACUUUUGAUGGCGACAUCGACUGUGCAAGAGCGCUGCUUGCUGGUGGAGCAAGCAUUGAUAUUCAGGAGCAGAAUGGAUUCACAGCGUUGCAUCAUGCAGCCCAGAACGGGCACAGGCCUGUUGUGGAGCUGCUGAUACAACACGGUGCAGCUGUGGACUUUGCCAACAAGGAUGGGGUGACGGCGCUGCACAUUGCCGGCCAGAAUGGUCAAGAAGAUGUGGUGCAGCUUCUAUUGGAGAGUGGUGCAUCUGUGAACCUCAUGACACAAGACGGAGUCACGGGUUUGCAUGUUGCAUCCCAGAAUGGCCACAGGGAGGUUGUGAACCUGCUUCUGAAAAAUGAAGCAGAUGUCAACCUUGUUACUCAGGAAGGGGCCACAUCUUUGCACUAUGCAGCCCAAAAUGGUCACAAGGAAGUUGUGGAUGUUCUCGUGCAGCAUGGUGCUAAAGUCGACAUCGUUGAUCAGUAUGGCUUCACCUCAUUGCUUCUGGCCAGCUGGAAGGGGCACUUGCCAGUGGUCGAGGUGCUGGUGGAGAACGGUGCCAUGCUGGAACUACCAGGCCAGAUGGCAGGCCUGACACCCCUGAGUCUAGCAGCUGACCGUGGACACAUUGGUGUUGUGGAGCUGCUGAUUGAGAAGGGCGCCUCUCUGGAUGUUCCAGAAGAGGAUGGAGGAACUGCCCUGCACAGUGCUGCAAGGAUGGGUCAUCUUGACAUCGUAGAGGAACUGGUCGAUCACGGAGCUUCAAUUGAUCUUCCAAACCAGGCUGGCAACACUGCGAUGAUGAUCGCAGCCAGCAGGGGCCAUAUGAAGGUGGUGAGAUGGCUCAUUGCCAAAGGCGCCAACAUGAGGCACAAGAACAAGGAUGGCAACUCGGCACUCAAUGCCGCUGCAGAGUUUGGCCACCAUGCCACUGUGGAUCUACUCACUGAGAUGGGGGCAGCGGACCUGAGCACGGAGGGCCUGGCGGCCAGCGGGUCUCCGGAUUUUGGGAUUGCGGGCUCGGCAAACCUCCUGUCGGUCAUCGGGGCGAACAAGGAUGGCAGCUUAAUAUCGGAUUUUGUUGACCGGGACGUGGGGGGAGUGAUGGACGAUGUUGGGUCGCCGGGUGCCAAGGUGGACAGGGCACUGGAGCCACUGGGAAAGAUUGCGCACGCGGGUGGCAUGCGCGGUGACGAGGGCCCCUCCUCCAUGGACGGCGGCGACGACGGCGGCGGUGUGCAGUUCAUCCCGCAGCCAGGGGGGACAAUAAGCAACACGGACUUGGUUGUCAACCUGCCGGGAGGCGGCUGGGACGGUUUCUGGAAGCAGCCCAUGGAGGGCGGCCAGGUGCGCAUGGUGAUGAUGAUAAUAAUGUGA